GUUGGCAUAUCUUUUCCAUUAUUAAUAUUCAACGUUUUUUGUCUACAUUAACGUGUACACUUUGCUGUUUGCAAAGAGCUUACCUUGAGCUCUUAUCGUAUGCCAAGUAUGUUGUUUACGAGUUUUGAAAAGAUAUAAAUACCACACGUGUUCAUUGUUAGGGCGCCUCACAAGAAUUUAGAUAGUGAUGAUAUUUCAACCGAGAGCUGUUCCUAAAAUCUUGCCUAAGAUUUUGUUUGACGGAAAGUGAUACAACUUCAGGGAUUGAAACAUAGAGAAAAACAACAUCACCUGUCGUAUAGCAAGCAGUCUUUCAAACUCAUCAAUUGUCAGACAAAAUAAUAACUACUGGCUUUCAUUCCGUGACGUCGACCGCAGCCAAGAUAGCACCUUGGCGAUCAUGCACACAGAUGGUUGAAAGUCUUGGUUAUAAUGACAACGAAGAUGCCACAAUCUUACAACAGUUUUAGAUGCAUGUAUUAAGAGUUUGGGACACGAUACUGCACUUGGUAAGCAUUAUUAUUGACAGCGGGUGGUGAACAAAGUUUUCAUUUUGUCAUAAUAACUUCGGAAGGGCUUCUGACUAGCACAAAAACAAUGUCAAACAUCUGCUUUGAAGCAAGUUCCUGUUUCUAUUGAGAAUAAGUCACACAAAGGUGGUGCUUGUCUCAGAGUACGUACAAAGUCGAUUCUUCGUUUCUUGUUUACUACGCAAAGUUUGGAAGAUCGCUGCCGGCUCCUGUUAUAAGAAGAUGGCGUACCCAAACGGGAACUCCACUAAUUUAGAAGACUAUUAUAACAGCACGUCAGGAGAACGAGUUGUUCAGGCAUUUCUUAUGAUAGUAUUGGCUCUCCUAAGUCUAGCUGGUAAUGGCAUCGUAGCUUUCAUUGUUAUUUUGCAACAGAGAUUACGCUCGCUGUCGAAUAUUCUAUUGGCAAAUCUUGCUUGUGUUGACUUGGUAAAGAGCGGAAUUCUUAUUCCACUGUUGACGGCAACAAUAAUUACUCAUCCUUCAGAAUCACCCCUUAAAGGACGAGUAGUUUGUUUGAUAUUAUUAUCAUUUAGUGCAUUUGUCGGUACAGUUACAGUAUUGGCUUAUGUUAUAAUUUGCAUGGAUAGAUACAUUGCGGUCGUUCAUCCCAUAGCAUAUAAACAAAGUUGGAAAAGCAAGACGUAUGUUCGCUGUUUGUUUGUCGUCUCACCUUGGGCUAUUACAGCAAUAAUUGUUUUUCCUACCUACAUCGCCACCCAUAUAAACGAAGAUAUUGGUGACCAAACAUGCACGCGUUACAGAGCGAAAUAUUUAACUAGGACAACGACCACAGUAACAUCUCUUUGCAUAUUUAUCGUUUCUUUAUUUGCCUUAAUUGUGCUCUACGCAUUGAUCUUCAAAAGUGUUAGACAGCUUGCAAAACGACGAAUUCAGUUCGUGAGCGCAGAGAACUCGCACCGCGUUGAAGAGCGAGCGCGAAAACUCGAAAUUAACACAGCUAAAACGACUGCUAUUACCGUUGCUGCUUAUAUAUUUCUCUGGAUUUUAUAUAUGAUAGUAAUUUUACUACGGUAUCGAAAUUACAAAUCAUUUUGGUUAGAUUUCCUGAGCCUAUUUUUUCAGUACACAAGUGGUGUCAUAAACCCUUUUCUUUAUUUUGCGAGAAUCAAAGAACUACGUGAAGGUCUGAAGAGAGUCCUGAGACCGCGGGACUGGCGAUACACAAGGUCUGCGUCCAUGACAGAGCGCUCAAGACGUGUAUCGUCUGGGAUUAAUCUACGAAGUCCUAUUGCUAACCGCGAUGUUAGGUGUGACGAGAGCUCUGUCAUUUAUUCUUGCUCUGGAAACUCCAAGGAAGAUAAACAAGUAAAUGUAUAGGAUGAACAUAACAUUAAAGACAGGAUUGAAACUCAAUGGCAACAUUGUAUAGUACAACAUGUUAAUAAGAACUUUAGAUUUUACUGCAAAUAUAUUUCCCACAUAAUGUUUUGAAA